AAAAACUCGCUAUCAAUCGGAAGCUCUUCACACGUAUGAGUCAAGCUCCAAUUUGAUCUCUUCCACUAUGUUUUCUAAUUUAUCCUCCUGUCCAAUGUCGAUGUAGCCUCGGUUGGAGCGUCUCACCGCACGAGGCAGCGGGAUGGGGAGGAUGCUGCUCAAGUAGACCUCCAAGUCUCCGGAAUCAGAGCCCACAGUGAUCUGGGAUGUAUCGGUGCCCCCGCGAACGAUGAAGACGCUUUCCUCGCUGUCCUUCAAAAAGAGAGAGACGCUCUGGGAUGGGUCGAUGGUGAACACCGAUGCCCACCUUUGUCGUGCUGUUUGAGACUCGCGGUGCGCGCGGUGUUGUUGAUGAAUUUGACAGUCCGUCCAAUACCGAAGGAGCCGAGCGCUGUCGCGCCGCCGAAGAUAUCCUUGAAGUUGUACCAGUAACGCUUGUCGCGGUCAAUUAUUUCUUCGGAAAACCACUAGUAGUCUUUAUGGGUAGCGUGGAAGUGAUACGUUGUACCGACUGCCAGAUCGAAUAAUAUGGGAGCCUGUUUCUCUGUAUGCGCCGGGACAGAAAAUUCAGUAACAAGGGUGCCAGGACCGGUUACAACAACUUUGACGGGGCCUUAAUCGCCAGGGCUAUACCAUCGGGAAGAAACGAACGCCAUUAUGGAAAUAGGUGGGCAGUUGUGGAAUAAACUGUGGUGGGCAGUUGCAGCGUCGACAGUCGUGGUUUUAUGCAUCGCGAACAGGUACAAAGACACCGGUCUUCCUCUUUCAACACGAGUUGCACACAAGCACCGCCAUGUUGAACCGAUCUCGAGACUGUAUCAGUAUUUUUGAGAUCAUUGGCGGUGGGAG